UUUCAUAAUGGCCAAGAAUGAUCCACAAGAAGGUCCUGUACCUCUGGAAACAUCGGUAUUCUACACCACUUACCAAAGAGAUUAUCUCCCAGCUGUAUGUGACACUGUACCGAUAGCUACCGUUGCUACUUAUCCUAGAAGCAAAGUAUCUGUUCUCCAGCCGACCACUUUGCUUAUCCACGGAAAUGAAGGCCAUGGUACGUUACCUUUAAUUGACGGCAAGAGUAAUGACGAUGGCACGUUUCUUAAUGGUAUACCUCAACAGUCUACGAAAUCACUUGUUAAAACAUCGUAUAACGUGAAGAAAAGUGAAGUAAGGUGCGGCUGUUGCAAUGGAACACGUUAUGUUAUACUUCUUAUGGCGGUUCUGAGUUUAACGGCUACACGCGCCAACGAGAUGACCUUCAAUUUAGCAGUUAUUUGCAUGACAUCAAAUGGCACUGUCGAAGGGGUGGAAUCAGUGAAAUUAUCACCUCGCGAAACCAGUGCGAUAUUUGCGGGAGGUGCUAUAGGUGCCAUAAUAUUUGUAUUACCGAUCGCUUAUGCGCUUCACCGUUUCGGAUCACAGAUUGUUUUCAGCAUUCUUCUUCUCUUUUCCUCAUUCGGUACAGCGUUAAUGCCAUUUGCUGCAAGUAAAGGUGUGCCCUGGAUGGUAUGCGUCCGUAUUACGCAAGGUAAAUUCUUGACUUUACUCUCAUUAGGCGGUCAGUUAUCACAGAUUAUCACAAUGCCAUUAGCGGCACAUUUAUGCGUCACAUCCGGAUGGCCUUCCGCCUUCUAUGCCCCUGCACUUAUAUCUGCCAUUCUAGCAUUUAUCUUCUUCCUUUUUUAUCGAAAUGAUCCGGUGAAACAUCCAUGCGUUUCUGCCAACGAGGCACUUCUCAUCACCGAAGGAGCACAACGUAAGCAUCGCAAAGAGAUAUCAAUACCUUAUCGAUCCAUUGCAACAAGUGGUCCCGUUUGGGCCGUGUGGUUUGCGUUUUUGGGCAAUGCAUUCGGAUUCCAACUUGUUGUUCAAUAUAUGCCAACAUAUCUUAACAAAACUUUGGCAGUUCCAAUUGAGGGGACUGGUCUGUCUGCAGUAUUACCACCUUUCGUCCAGUUAGUUAUUAAAAUGGUAGCUGGUGUUCUUUCUGAUAAAAUAACCUGCAUUUCGGAGAAGUUUAAGCUUCAGUUGUUUAACACAAUUGCAAUGGUAGGAUGUGCUUUAUUCCUGUUGCCACUUGGCUUUCUGAAUUCAGACCGUGUUGGAAUCGCUAUAAUUUGCUUUACGGGUGCUGUAAGUUGUAUUGGACUGAUUGCUUGUAGUUCGAUGAAAUCAGCCACACUAAUUGCUCGGACAUUUACUGAAUUUGUGAUGGCUGUUGUUCAGCUGGUUAUAUGUCUCAGUAUGCUUUCGGUACCAUUUAUGGUCAGUAUAUUGGCACCGAACAAUACCAUUCUGGAAUGGCGUUACCUCGUAUUCACGACAGCUUUCGUUUUAAUACUGUGUAAUGCAAUAUUUUGCUGGCUAUGCAGUGCAGAGCCAGAACCUUGGGCAUUACUUGGAGAACAGAAACCUGUUAAUCAUUGUGAAACUGAGGAGAAAUUAAGUCAGCAAGAUAUGGCUUAGACGUUAAUGUUUAAUUACAGUAUAUAUUAUGAAGCCAUAUAAAUUAUUGUUCAACUUACGUUAUAAGUCAUCAAUAAGUAAAAGUAUUAGAUUUCAGAAGUAUUUUCAGUUAUAAUACUGGUAGUGUUAUAUUUGAGAGGAAUGUGUUUUUUAUGUAUGUUGUUAAUUUAUUUAGUUGUACUUUUUUAAUUAUGUUUUUGAAACGUAAUUGCUAUAAUUUAACCCUCGGCCAGUGGGAUGUCCAGAAUUUCAGGUGAAAUUGUGAAGGAUAAAAUGAAUGAUUGAACAGCAGGAAUAAU